UUGAUUGAAAGACUUCUAUCACCUGCAUCUUCACUUCUCGGGGAAUUUGUUGCACCAUCCCCAGACUUCCAAGAACCGUUGUCCCCCGUACGCCAAGAUGCGGCUCGAUUUGAUUGCGCUACUGGCAACCGUUGGCGCCACGAUCGUCCAUGCAGUUCCCGUCGGCUACCAGCAAGCACAGCAAGUCGUGAUUGUCGGCGAGGCGUAUGUCGUCCAGCUGCAGGCAUACGUUCUCCAAUGGAAUACACCAGCUGCGCAGCUUCAAUUCAACAAGAUUCAAAGUCAACUCACAAACAUGGGCAUGUACCUUGGGGAGAUUACAGACGCCACCUGCAUAGAUACCCCCGAAUACGGAACGGACAAGGGUGUAACAGCAAUAUCUACACAGGCAGACGUCGUCUCAAUGUUGACACAGAUGCAAGUGGAUCUCAUCGAGCUCUCAGCAGGCAUUGUUAAGUUGGAUAUCGAGCUUGCCGUCCUGUCCUGGCAAUCCGCACAAAAUGACCUUUACAGUUGCUACAGCUACAUCUUCUCAUCGAGCUCAACGGCAUAGAGAGUCUGUAGCACUUUUGACGCAGAAACGGCUG